AUGAAAUUGACGACAACGACAUCCUUGUCCAUAGGAUCUUCAUCAAGCGUGACCAAGUCGUCAACGUCGACAACAAUGACAGCAAUCAGUAAUGCCGCAAAUACCAAUAGCAACACCACCACAACAACUACCACAUUGAGCUCGACGACACAAGCUACUACGACAACAACCACCACCACCACCAUGAAUAAUCUGGCGAAAUUGUCUUUAGGCCACAAUAACCCAAAUCCCAAUCAGGACUUUAGUUCCAAUUCCAGCAGCAGCAACAACAACAACAGCAAUCAAUCUUCCUCAGCAUUAUCCACGUCGUCUACCAACUCCACCACCGCCGCCACCAGCAGCAUCACUACUGCUAUUACACAUCAUUCUACACAAUCCUCAUCGUCCUCUUGCGCAUCCUCAUCAUCGUCAUCGAUGAUUAAGACCUCUAGCAAAUUUGUCUACAAUAAACCUCAAAAUCAUUAUGAACUAUUGCAACAGCGUCUGCAUAUGCAGCAAGAAUUCGCUCAAUUGCUAACCAGUUUGGCUCAACAACAUCAGCAACCCUUCGGCUCGUCAGCCUCUUCCAAUCAGGCAGCGGCAGCAGCAGCCGCCUUCAAUAAUCCCUCUUUGGGAGCGGCAGCAGCUGCAGCCUCCACAUCGGCUGCAGCAGCAGCUGCCGCUUCUUCAAAUGCUGCCAAAAACUCGCUGUCCUCAUUUUUGCCAUUUUCGAAUUGGUUUUUCUAA